UUUUUUUCUCCAGACGCACACCCAGCGGCUUCCAGCAACGGGUGCCCUAAAAAGAGAUACCCCGUCGGAGGGGAGAGAGAGUGGCGCGAGCGGGCCAAGGGUGACCGAGAAGAUGCCUGUAGCCGCACCAGCUCAAUUGGAUCACGAACUCGCCCGCCGUCCAAGAACGCAUCGGGAAGCCGACGGCCGCCCAGACAGGAUGGGAUCCGUGCUUGGCGGCUGCCAGUUCCAGAAGGUUCACGGCAGUGGCCUCUCUCUUCGACGUGGCUGGCCGUGUGUCACGGCAUCCUGCUCUGAAGACAGGGUCUUCAGGCACGUCAGCAGGGGGGUGAGGGAUGAGUCUCGUGGAGGUUGCGGCCCGCACAUCAAAAAUCAACUCAGCUGCGCACGCCGACCAACCUAGAAACCAAGCAGCAACAGCAGCAGCAACAGCAGCAGCUGGAUACUAUGAUUGUCCAGCGUCCCCAAUCGGGACCAGUGAGAUGCCUGUCGGCAGGACCUGUCGAUAUGACGGCACAGGGCGCCAAACACAAAGACAUGAAAGCAUGCGUUCAGCAUUCAAAACGAAUUGCGUGCUUCGUACGUCGCACGUGUGGCUCGUGGCAGGCCUCGAAGCUGCUGACUUCAGAAGCCUGGUACCUUCCCCCUGGCAUCCCUUAAAAAAUCCAGACAAGGAGCUCGCGCAGCGGGCGUUGCUGACGCUGCUCGGCCCCCCAUUCUUGAAAUGCGGCCCUGGCCGAAACGAGGCGGCGGGACCUCCUUGAAAAAUCCGUGUGGUCCCCCCCCUGGCCGGCCGCUGCCGCCCCCGGCUUCCCGUCACCAGCCAAGGAGGAAGACGAGGGGGAGGAGGAGGAGGAGAAAGAGGGGGAGGAGGAGGAGGGUCGCGGGGCGUGGCAGGCGUGGCAUUUUCUCCGCGCCACGGGGGGUGCGUAGGGGGCAGGUAUCGCGGGUGCAUUCCAUCAGUUGCACUUGCAUGGGUUUGCGCAGUAUCCAGAUCUGUAAGUACUCUGGCUCAAGCCAGCUCGGAGCGCCAGGGUACCUAAUCGAAGGCCGCAGUUGGUUGUUGCGCAGGCGCGCUAGCCAUGCCGCCUAAAAUUGCCAUGGGCGAGCUGCCGCCUCCGUGCUCGUUGCUGAAGAAAGAAAUGAUUCAGCAUGGCGGCGAAGUAAGCUUGGCAGGCUUACGCUGCUGCUCUGAAGCGACGGUGGUCCCCGCAUUUCACGCGUACCGCCGCCAGCUGAAAAAUUGGUGGCCCAAUACCUUGCACGUCCAGGGCACAGCGGUAUCGGCGGGGCAACGGCCACCAACAUCAUUCUCACAUGCUUCACUUCAGCUCUCAUCACUCCAACCAUAAUAUGAUCCCCUCACCCCUCCCCCCGGCGGCUGUCUGCUGCGCCACUCCCCGCGAGGGGACCUCCCCCUCACGAGCCGAGCAGCAGCAGCAUCUGGGGCAGACGAGUCCCGCAAGCGCCGCAGAACUUCGACGACAUGGCCUGCCUGUCCCCGCACGAGGGGCAGAACAUCGUGUCCUGGCCCGCGUGCCAGAAGGCCUUGCCCGGCGACGCCGCAGGCGCGGCGUGCCCCUGCGUGCCCGGCGGCACCGCCGACGCCAGCGCACAGGGCAGCGCGCGCACGGCCUUCAGCUGCAUUGCCAAGGGCACCGUGCUCCACUGCCUGCUCGGCGGCCCCGGCGGCCUCGCCGGACCUGCGGCUGGCGCUGCGGUCACGGUCACCACGUCCUCGGCCCGGCCGGAGGCUCCGCGCAGCUUCCUGCCGUGGAAGGCGGCCACGAAGGCGUUCCUCGCGAAGGCCGUCCGGAAAGCGAUGACGCACCCAAGGCGGGCGCCGUCCUCGACCAUCCGCAGCGCGUCGAAGUCGGCCCCGCG